AUGGUUUCAACGAGACGCAACAGUGGUGGCGGAUCUUUCCCCGCCGCUAAAAGACCUUCUUCAUCUUCCGAUGACAAACCUCCUUCUCCUUCACCUAAGCGCCAGAAGCCUGACAAUGGUGCUGCUGCUGCUUCCUCGGAGAAACCGGUAUCGAUAUCCCCGACGGAGAAUUCCAAGGAUUUGCGUACUCCCGAGCCUCCCGCCGAUCCAGGAGAAUGUGCUCCCUCCGAUGCUCAGAUCGAAGAACCGGCAAAUACCGAUGAUAAAAUCGAUGCAACACCGCCGAUCGCUGACGGUUCUUCGCCGACUCUGGUAGCUGAUAAACCUAGGGCUUCGUUCUCUUCUUGGAGUAUAUAUCAGAAACAAAAUCCGAUUCUCGAGUCUUCAGCUCCCUGGUGUCGGCUUCUGUCCCAGUCUGCUCAGCAUCCAAAUGUUUCCAUUUCCAUACCCAACUUCACUAUUGGCUCAAGUAGAAAUUGCAACUUUCAUUUGAAGGAUCAUACAAUAAGUGGGAAUUUAUGUAAAAUCAAACACACACAGCGCGAGGGAGGUGAUGUGGCUGUGCUAGAAAGUACGGGUAGCAAAGGAUCUGUGCUAGUCAAUGGGACACUUGUCAAGAAGAACACCUGCUGUGCGCUUAACUCGGGUGAUGAGGUGGUUUUUGGCUUGCAUGGAAAUCAUUCUUAUAUUUUUCAGCAAGUAAACACUGAGGUUGCAGUUAAGGGUGCAGAAGUUCAGAGUGGCGUUGGUAAAUUUAUGCAGCUUGAAAGGAGAAGCGGAGACCCUUCAGCCGUGGCUGGGGCUUCUAUCUUGGCUUCUCUUUCUAACCUCAGACAAGAUCUUAAAAGAUGGAAAUCUCCAUCUCACACUGCCAGUAAGCCUCACCAGGGUGCUGAUGUUUCUAUUCAUACUGUUCUCCCUGAUGGUACAGAAGUUGAGCUUGAUGGCCUGGAAGGCAACUCAACUCCAAAUAUAGGAACUGAUAAAGCUGCUGAUGCCGAGGCUAGCAACAAGGACUCUCCUAUGGAUUACGAUCCAGAGGACGCAGGCACAGAGCCAGGCAAUGUAAAGUUCUCUGGGGUAUUGGAAGAAAGAAAUGGGGUGGAGGACACACAAGCUGCAUCGAUUUCGGGUACAUCUGUUCGUAGUGCUGUUUUCAAAGAAGAUGCUCAUGCUGCAGUACUGGAUGGAAAAGAACUAGAAGUGUCCUUUGACAGCUUCCCAUACUAUUUAAGCGAGAAUACAAAAAAUGUCCUGAUUGCAGCUUGUUUUAUACACCUGAAGCAUAAAGAGCAUGCAAAGUACACCACAGAUCUCACCACCGUAAAUCCCCGUAUUCUACUUUCAGGACCUGCAGGGUCAGAAAUAUAUCAGGAGAUGCUUGUAAAAGCACUUGCGAAAUACUUCGGUGCUAAAUUGCUCAUAUUCGAUAGCCAGUUGCUUUUGGGUGGUUUAUCUUCUAAGGAAGCCGAGCUUCUCAAAGAUGGAUUUACUGCCGAUAAAUCUUGCAGCUGCCCCAAACAAAGCCCUACAGCCAUUGACACUGCUAAGAGCAUGGAUCCACCAGCUAGUGAAACAGAUGCUCCUAGCUCUUCAAAUGCACCUACUCCACAUGGACUUGAAUCUCAAGCUAAGUUGGAAACUGAUAAUGUACCAUCUACAUCUGGAACAGCUAAAAAUUGCUUGUUUAAACUAGGCGACCGGGUUAAGUAUAGUUCAUCUUCUGGGUGUUUGUAUCAGACAUCUUCUUCAAGGGGUCCAUCUAAUGGAAGUCGAGGGAAAGUUGUCUUAAUUUUUGAUGAUAAUCCCUUGUCCAAAAUUGGUGUAAGAUUUGAUAAACCUAUACCUGAUGGAGUUGAUCUUGGAGGUGCCUGUGAGGGAGGUCAAGGUUUUUUCUGCAAUGUCACUGAUCUUCGAUUGGAAAACAGUGGCAUUGAUGAACUGGACAAAUUACUGAUUAAUACGUUGUUUGAGGUUGUAACUAGUGAGAGUAGAAAUUCACCGUUCAUUCUGUUCAUGAAAGAAGCAGAAAAGUCUAUAGUAGGAAAUGGGGAUCCAUACUCAUUUAAAAGUAAGCUUGAAAAGCUUCCUGACAAUGUGGUGGUAAUAGGUUCACACACUCACACCGACAGUCGAAAGGAGAAGUCACAUCCCGGGGGUUUGCUCUUUACAAAGUUUGGCAGCAAUCAGACUGCCCUUCUUGACUUGGCUUUCCCGGAUAGUUUCGGAAGAUUACAUGACAGGGGGAAAGAAGUCCCAAAACCAAACAAAACUUUGACUAAGCUAUUUCCAAAUAAAGUAACAAUUCACAUGCCACAGGAGGAGGCGCUUCUAGCAUCAUGGAAACAACAACUUGAUCGAGAUGUAGAAACUCUUAAAAUUAAAGGAAAUUUGCACCAUUUGCGCACUGUUUUAAGCCGUAGUGGGAUGGAAUCUGAAGAACUCGAGGCCUUGUCUGUCAAGGAUUUGACACUUACAAAUGAAAAUUCAGAGAAGAUUGUUGGUUGGGCUUUAAGCCACCAUCUGAUGCAGAAUUCUGAAGUUGACGCUGAUGCAAAGCUUGUGCUGUCUUGUGAGAGCAUCCAGUAUGGAAUUGGGAUCUUACAGGCUAUCCAAAAUGAGUCGAAGAGCCUAAAGAAGUCUCUUAAGGACGUUGUAACAGAAAACGAAUUUGAAAAGAGGCUUUUGGGUGAUGUUAUUCCACCUAGUGACAUUGGUGUUACUUUUGAUGAUAUUGGAGCUCUAGAAAAUGUUAAGGAUACAUUGAAGGAAUUGGUGAUGCUUCCUUUACAGAGGCCUGAGCUUUUUUGCAAGGGGCAGUUAACCAAGCCAUGCAAGGGCAUUCUAUUAUUUGGUCCCCCGGGAACAGGUAAGACAAUGCUUGCCAAGGCAGUUGCUACCGACGCCGGUGCAAACUUCAUCAAUAUUUCCAUGUCAAGCAUCACAUCUAAGUGGUUUGGUGAGGGUGAAAAAUAUGUCAAAGCCGUUUUCUCCCUGGCAAGUAAAAUUGCUCCCAGUGUGAUAUUUGUUGAUGAAGUUGAUAGCAUGUUGGGCCGGAGGGAAAAUCCAGGGGAGCACGAGGCCAUGCGAAAGAUGAAAAAUGAAUUCAUGGUGAACUGGGAUGGCUUACGUACAAAGGAUACUGAAAGAGUUCUUGUGCUCGCAGCCACCAACAGACCUUAUGACCUUGACGAGGCUGUCAUACGAAGGCUGCCUCGGAGACUAAUGGUAAAUUUACCAGAUGCUCCAAAUAGAGCAAAAAUAUUAAAAGUUAUACUGGCAAAAGAAGAUCUGUCUUCUGAUGUCGAUCUGAGUGCAAUAGCAAGUAUGACUGACGGAUAUUCUGGAAGUGAUCUUAAGAACUUAUGUGUAACUGCGGCACACCGUCCUAUUAAAGAGAUAUUAGAAAAGGAAAAAAAGGAUCUUGCUGCGGCUCUAGAAGAAGGUAAACCCGCACCUGCAUUACGUGGAAGUGAUGACAUCCGAUCUUUAAAUAUGGAAGAUUUUAAACAUGCUCACCAACAGGUAUGUGCAAGUGUUUCUUCUGAAUCCGUUAAUAUGACGGAGCUUUUACAAUGGAAUGAACUAUACGGGGAAGGUGGUUCAAGAGUUAAGAAAGCACUAAGCUAUUUCAUGUGA